UCCAGUUCUGUUGCACUUGUGCUUUGUUUGAAACUAAUGGUGUUGUAUGUAGACAUAUAUUAUCGCUAAUGAUGGCUAGGCAAAUGGAUUCAUUACCCGACCACUACAUCCUACACCGUUGGACCAUACAUGCAAGGCAUCGUAACAUUGGGGUUGGCAAUAUUGUAUUUGGAAGAAACAUCACCAGCUGUGAAGAGAAGAUUAAUUUAUUGAAAUCUUGGGCUUUAAGAGCAAAAUUCAAUAAUGUGCUCGAGCUUGCAUUUGAUUCAGAAGAGAAGCUGCAACAACUUGAUGAUGUGCUAACAAAUUUCAUGGAAUCACUUGAAGAAGAAGUUGGAGAAACUCAAGAUCAAAUUAUGGAUAUUCCUCAACCUUCCGCACCCAUUUCACAUACAAUAGAGAACAUUCCUCAGAUAACAGUUCGUGAUCCUGAUAGACCUGCAAGGACUAAAGGUCGUCCACACAAUGCUACUAGAAUCCAGUCAGGUUUAGAACAGGCACAAGAAAAGAAAGAAAGGAAGAAACACAUAUGUAGCAGAUGUGGUGAACUCGGGCAUUAUAGAACUAGUUGUAAAGUUAACUUGCAAAGGUAAACAUAUGCACGGGUGGUGGAUGUAUUGGUUUGUUCAAAAAGUCAUAUCUCAUGAUUAAUGUUCAUCCACAACUGUUGCUGAUUGUCUUGUAGCUGCUGAUGUAUUACUACAUUUUAUGUAUUAAGACUGAUUGUGUUAAGACUGAUUGUGCCUUGUAGCUGCUGAUGUGUUAAGACUAAUGUAUUAAGACCGAGUAUGUGUGUGUGUUAUUGGUUAUUUGAUAUGGAUUGUUGUCUUGUAGUCGCUGAUGUAUGUGAAUUGUAUUGUGAAGUUUGUAAGUUUUAAUUC